GUGAGUAUUUGCGCUGCAGCUCAGUUUUGUCUGUCAGGAGCUAUGACCAUCUUUUACAUCAUUCGUUUGCUUUUAGCAGUGGCUCUGGCCUCGGACGUCGCGUCCCCGCUCCCGCGGGAUAAAAGAGCGGUGAGCGAUCUGAGCGGAAUCAUCCAAUGCUACACAGGAAGACCAUUUUCCUCUUAUUGGUUUUACGGCUGCUACUGUGGAAUUGGGGGCAGCGGCGUAGCUGUCGACCAAACCGACGAGUGCUGCCGCAGUCAUGACUGCUGCUACGAAGACGCCAGCAGUCAGGGCUGCCAACCCCUAACAGACAACUACGCCUGGACCUGUAACAACAACAUGAUUACUUGUGAUCAUCUGACUGGCUGUGAGAAGACUCUGUGCGAGUGUGACCAAGGUGCCGGCGACUGCCUGAGUGAAGCACCUUACCAGCGGCGGUACGCCUGGUGGCCCAAUUUUUUCUGCGGGAACACACAAAUAUGCACCUGAGCCGGUGCUUAUUAAGGGAACAUGAGCCGCCACCCAACAGGUUCCAACAAUGGCAUCUACUGUUUCUCACUUUCUAUUUGGCUUCUCCAUCGCUUUCCUUCUGCUAAAUCCCAUUAAAAGGAUCGGUGUUGUUUUCCAUGACGACAUCAGAGAAGCUGCGAGUCAUUGAAUCACAGUAAUAAAGUGGGCUGAUUCUCAG